CUCUCUGCUUUUUUCUUCUUCUUCUUCCACAGCUUCCCCUUUCUCUCUCUUUCUCUCUCUCUCUCUCUCUGUUCCCUCCACCCCUUUCUUUUUCUUCUUUCUCUUUUCCUUUUUGUACAUUUUGCAAACACAACAACAAUCUCAAGUUGCCUUGUUAAUGGAAGAAAGAUUUGUUUCGAGGCGAACCCGAGGAUUACGCGAAGCCGUCGCUGUCUUCCAUCUUAUCUUUAUGGUUGCAGGACUUGCUAUUCUGUCGUUAGGCGCAUAUACAAUCAACUCAUCGCUCAGCAGGACACUAUCGAUUGCACUCCUGACCAUCGGCGGCGCCUUGACCAUCGUAUCAUUUAUCGCCUACUUUGGAGCCCAUAUCGAACAUGCCGGCUUUCUAAAAACAUACAGCAGCACAGUCGCAUUGCUGCUGAUACUCGAAAUAGUGCUUGUCGCGCUUGUUUAUGCCCACAGAAAAGAACUGGACGAUUACGGCAGUUGGGCAUGGGAUUUCUUCCAGCAGAACGACGGGCCACUCUUGAGCCAAAUUGAGGAUUCACUUUAUUGCUGUGGAUACGAUUCACCUCACGAUCGACUUGUGCCUUCAUCAACAUGCAAAGAGCCAUUACCAGACACAAGCGGAUGCAAGAGUGCGUUUACAGCUUCCUUCAUCGAAUGGCGAGACUGGAUUCUAGCAGCUGUGCUGAUCAUCGUUGGACUUGAGCUCACUGCAUUGCUCACGUCCGUGGUGCUCACGGUCAUGGUGGAACGUGAUUCGGAGGAAGAACAAGCAUACAUGACACUGCUAUCCGCACAAAGCAAUACGCAUGGAUGGUUUGAUGUGAGCAACAGCGGCGGCUCUUUAGCGAGCGGCAGUGGCGGCGGCGGUGGUGGCCAUGGUAAUGUGGGAAGCGGCAACGGAAGCAGUAGCCCAGUGUUUGGACGACAUCCUUUGUCAUCCUACUCUUCAGCCGGCAGUCGUUCCGGCUUCUUCUAUACCCCUCGUCCUCCUUCGUACCAUCAGCAACCACACCGCGUCCCUCGUUAUGGCAGCACUCUCUCCACCUCUUCGCACAAGUGAUCCAUACACCUACAACACCACCAUAGCCAAUCUCACGACAACCAUCGUUGAACACAAACACACACACACACACACACACUUAUAUAUACAUAUAUAACUUCGCUCAAUUCACAACUGUCAACCAAAUCACCCAAUUCACUAU